AUGUCACUAUUGAAAGUUCUUUUGAUAUUACCAUUUAUUAUUAACAUCACAUAUUCAAUGUAUUAUUUGGCAAAUUUUCAUGUUGAUUAUCCUGAUGCACGAAUAAAUACUGCAAAUUGUGGUGACACAAUUAGGCUUUCGUGCGUGAUUGAAAAUGAAAAUAACUCUUCAUCGACAGUACCAGUUAUGUGGUUUCGUUUGUAUGAGAAUGCCUAUCCUCAACCAUUAAUACUCGGCAACCGCCAAUUAAUCGAUGAUCAACGUUUUAUGCCUCGUCUACAUAAUAAUGAUCAUCGUUUAGAAAUCAGUGGCGUAAGCAAAGAUGAUGAAGGUUAUUAUUUAUGUAAAUCGGGAAACGAAAUUCAAAUAAGCUACAAUUUGACAAUUCUUUCCAAUACAUGUAUUGAUAUUUCUCCUGAUCGUAUCUGUGUUACUAUUGAUGAGCCAAUUCAUCUUCUUUGUCGUAUACAUUCAAUAAAGAAUUCUAAUGAAGUAAAUUUACAUGCUGAAUGGACGCGUAAUAAUUAUUUAUUAGAUAAUUUAACCGAAUAUAUAUCAAAUUAUUUAUCUAUUAAUGGAAUAUUGCAUGAGACACUAUUGAUAAAGCAUGCAACUCGAAAUGAUACUGGUAUUUAUACAUGUCGAUAUGGUGAUAUGUUAACAGCAUCAGCAGAAGUUAUUGUCAAUCAGUAUCCUGGUGGUAGUAAAUCACGUCGUUUAAUAUCACAGUUACGCGGUAACAAGUCUUCGUCAAAAGCAUCAUUACGAACAGUAGUCAGUUGUUUUUAUAUUGUCUAUCAAAUCGUUUUUGUCGCAUUUGUGACACUCUCGUAA